CUGUUAUUUCUGCUGUUGCUGGAGCGUCGAGAUCAAAAUGUAUUAUUGGACAAGCUUAUGUUAGUUAGCUAAAGUAGCUGCUAAGUCAGAGAAGCUAUAUAUUUGAAUGUAGCUAGCUAACAGUAUGUGUCAAAUCAGUUUGUAUCUAAUCUGUUAAAUGUCUACUCGAAUAACACGUUUCUUGUAAAAUACAUUACAUCGUUAAGCAGUUUCUCAGCCUCACUUCUGCCUUAGCCUGUUACUUAAACUAGCUUGGUAGUUAGUCUAACAGCAACGCUAUAACGUUAGUCUGCUUAGCUAUUCAUGCGUAGAACUUAGCGCAUCAGCUUUCCGCGCAGACAUGUUUGGGAAUGUUUUAGAAAAUGUAAAAUCUGCAAAAAUAACCACGUACGCUAACUUACAGGUUGUUGAGUUACUGUAAUGUUAAAGUUGGUAAGCCAUGAAGACAUUGCUUUUUUCGUCGUCUCUAAGUUGACCUGCUAGCUUUGUGAUAUAUCCAGUCACUGAUUCUACCUCUCUGGAAGUUAUGAACUGUUUUGUUCUACAGCCACGAUUUAACAAUAGAAUCGCAAACGAAAACAAGCAUGUUUAAAAUGUCAUAGUAACUACAUGGCAUUGCACCAGGGGAUUUGGUGCUGGUGAACAUGGAAACAUCAGGCAAGGUGUCCGUACUUCGCUGCAGGAAGUGUCGUAAAUGCGUGGUGGAUGCAUCUUGCUUGCUUACGAUUGACGCUGUUGACAAUGUGGCAACAGAGUGCAGAGUCUGGCACAUGGACUUUGACAAUUUGCCUACCUGGAUCCUGACGUCUAUCCAUCAGGCCCGCUGGACCUUGGGGCGGCUGAGCUGCCAGCACUGCGGGGCCCGCCUGGGCGGCUUCAACUUCGUCAACCAGGCCAAGUGCCCCUGCGGCCUGGACCUGACCGUGCACCUGUGCAAGAGCCGGCUGGACGUGGACUGCAGGCGGCCCGGGUCCGCCGGGGGGGCGGGGCGAGAGUGCCGCGCCGUGCGCCCGCCCCUCGGAGCCACCGCCGCCGCCUGGGAGGCCCCUCCCCCUCCGGCCGUCACGGGCUGUGAGCUCUGGCCGACGGCCCUGGAGGCGUGGCCGCACGAGGCGGACGCCGGCCUCUCUAACGGUGGGACGGUCCCCUUGCCUACACCACAGAGAAACCAGAGAGUUCCAGAGUGUUCCGUAGGGCCAGUUAAAACAGCGCGCAGGAAGGCCCGCGCUUUGGAUUGUAGCGGCGGGGGCGGAGCUUGGACUGGCCAAUCCGGAAGUUUGACAGAUUCCCAACUGACACGCCCACUCGGUGAGGAGGCUCAGUCGGGGUCUGCCCUUCCCCAACCGCACCCCACUGCUGCUGGCCAAUCGGAGCUGGAAGAGAGGCCGGAGACCACGCCCGUCCCGGAAGUGUAUACUCUGAGGAGGCGACGGCCUUCGCUGACCAGCACGGACGAGGGGGAGGAGACAGAGGAAGGGGCGGAGCAGACUGCGCCUCUUAGGAGCCUGCAAUUGGACAGGGCUGUGGUGACCCGCAUGGCUCCGCCCAGGCUCAGCAAGAGAGAGAGGAAUCGUCUGAAGAGCCAGAGGAGGAAACAGAGGAGGAGAGAGCGCUGGAUACAGAGCCGACUGCAAGAACACACACAGGGGCUGAUGGGAAACGUGACGAGCAGCGAGGACGAGGACGCGGCGGCGGCGGUGGCGGACAGGGAGAGCCUGACGUGCGCGGUGUGUCUGGACAUCUUCUUCAGCCCCUACAUGUGCCAGCCCUGCGGGCACGUCUUCUGCGAGCCCUGCCUGCGCACGCUCGCCAAGAACCGGGCCGCCAGCACCCCCUGCCCCCUCUGCCGCACCCUCAUCACCCACGUGCUCUUCCAGAAAGAGCUCAGCCACACAAUGAAGACCUUCUUCCCAAAGCUCUACCUCAGCCGGAAGCAGAACUUCCAGAAGUCCGGGUGCUCCCGCUGGCCACUCCCCAGCACCCGGAAGCUCUUCCACAUCUUCGGCGCAGGGUUUCGGAGGCAGCCCAGCCCGGCGGGGCGGCGGCUCUUCCCCCACGGCGGGUACGGCCUGGGCGUCCUGGACACGGCCAACUCCCGCGGCUGGAGGGUGGAGGGUGUAGUGCUCGUCUACAUCCGCUCCAUCAACUGGCUCAUCGGCCUGUCCGUCUGCUUCUUCCUCUGCUUCCUCCUCUUCUCCUCCUUCUGACGCCAGCGCUGUGGAGCGGGGGCGCUGAGGAGCGGGGGAGGAGGGAGAAGAGGAGGAAGAGGAGUGGUCCUGGUUCAAACAUCUGAGGUUUGUGCCUCUUGGGCAGAAAUUCGAAUGGCGGCUUCACUGAGCACUUUACAAAUCCUGUGGCUCUUCUUCUACCUGCGGUGAACUCCUGUGGCUCUCCUUCCCUUUUUGGGGAAAAAAGUAUUGCACGCUGUGUGUGAAAGUGCUCAUGCAACUUAAUUCUGUAAAAUUCCCUUCCCACAAAAAAACAUGCCACCGCUGACUUGAACUUCACAGAGGGAACGCCCAGGUAUUCUCUUUCAGUCCUCCAUUAGUUAAUUUGUUUCUUCGGAAGUAUAAGGUCACGAACAGAGCCAGACGGUACUUGUCCCAGGGCUACCUCACAGUUUGAUGUCCUGUCUGAAGAGUAAAUGUAUUCUGCAGAUUAGAGCUGAACACUUCCUCUCACCUUCUCAAGAGAUCACCAUAAAAAAAAAACCGCAGAUCACUGCCCUUCUCGAAGUCAAAUGUUUACCAUACAGUAAAAACCUAUGCACACGUCUGUCUCUCACAACUCGCACAUCAGCAGAACGGCUCAGGACUUGCAGAAAAGACACAGCUUUAUCGCCAUCGGACACAAAGCAAACAAAAAAACCCACUCACCCGUCCGGCCACCCUGCGUGGCUGUCAGUUCAAGGGUUUUUUUUCCGGAGUGACUAUUGGUUAGUAUUUUUACAGGUGAGGGUCUCUGGGGGGGGGGGAGAGUCAUGUGACUCCACAGGAAGUGGCGGGGCUGGCUGUCCUUUAUAAAAGGCUGAGAGGUUUCUCUAGCCCCUUUGCUAAUGCUGUCCAUCGUAACAGGGAGGGCCUCACUGCGUAGAGCAGGGCUGCCCAACCCUGUUCUUGGAUAUCUACCGUCCUGCAGGUUUUCACUCCAACACUAACAAAGCUCACCUCAUUGAACAGCUGGAGAUCUCGUUGUGCUGCUAAUUAGGAGAGUCAGGUGUGCCAAAUUAGGGUUGAAAUGAAAACCUACAGGACAGUAGAUCUACAGGACCUGGGUUGGGGUAGCCCUGGCGUAGAGCAUUGAUUGGUGUUAUUUUUAGUGGUAUGAGAUGAAUAUUUAUUGAGUUGGGUGUUUUUUUUUGUUUGUUUUCUUUUGAUGCUCUUUCAUGGUCUGAUGUGUACGUGUGCGGUUCUCACACCCGUGUCACAUGACGGGGUUCUUAACCGAUGAGUUACUAAGAUGUCACUUUGGUGAAGCUUUCUGUGCUCCUGUAGUGAAGUUUGAAGCUGUGGCUGCAGAUUGCUGUAAGGACCUGGUUUUGUGUGUUUUUCGUGGUCUGUAUGUACAGCACCACAGGACUACUUCCUCAAGCCAGACCUGUUGGCUUAAAUUCUACAUUUAAACUGGAAUUUAAGAAAACAUUGCCUUUUAGGGGUUGAUUUUGGUACUAAAUUUAUGUUGCCCUUUUCUGUAGUUUCAGGAACCAAAAAAGUGCCUUGCCUUUAUAUUUAUAUAUAUCUUGAGAAUUUUUUUUUCUUUUUGAAUUCUUAGAUAACACCUGAUGCAUUGUCGUUGGAGUCAUAAAGUAAAUUUUCAUUUAUAAUUUUACAUUUACAAUUGUUUUCAAACCCAUACUUACACAGCACUCAUUUUACAGCCACAGGAGGAGUAAUUUAAGAGUAUAAAAAAAGAAAGUUUUCUACAAUAUAUUUUUCAAGGUCCAGCGCCAUUAAAUGGCUUUAACAGGUGCCAUGUAAUGGCUUCAACUGAUUUGCAAAUGGAUGGUUAUUCCCUAUGAGAUAACUGGAGGAGUUAAAUGCAUACCUGCUGCUGUGUUCUGAAACCUGUUUCCUUAUUUACAACAGUUGAUAUAGCUAAAUAAAUACAAAGCUUUAACUGUG